AUGACAGGCCCCGAAGAUGCCGAGACCUUCCAGAUUGAGUUGAGCGGGCUGCUGCAGGAGCUGCACUGCCCCUACGCCGCGCUCACCACGGGGGACGUGACCGCCCGCCUGGGCAGCGCCCACCUCUGCCUCCAGUUGCUGUACUUCCUGAGCUCGGAGCUGCAGGCCGCCCGGCUCCUGAGCCGGAAACGCCCCCCUUCGCCGCGGCAGGGAGUGGGGGCCGGCACUGCCCGGCAGGAGCUGCAGCUCAUCAACCAGAUGCUGGGCAGGCCGGAGCCGGCCCCGACCUGCCCCAUCCCACAGCUCCUAGAGGACAUAAAAUCCAAGGUAGCGGAGGCCCUGUCCGUGCUGCCCGCCGGCCACCAGGAGAUGGCACCGCUGCUGAGGGCGCCGCUGACGGCUCGGCAGUGGGAGGCGCUGGAGGGGAUCCGGCAAGCCCUAUGUGCCGAGUACGAAUGCCGCAAGCGCAUGAUGAUCAUGCGCUUCAACGUCACCCUGCAGUCCUUCCACUGGUCCGAGAGGGCGAAGGCCCAGGGCUCCGCGCUGCUGGCUGCCGUCUCCCCGCUGCGGCAGGCUGAGUCGGUCGCCUCCGGCGUCACCCUGGCCCGGCUGCUGGCCACCCGCGCGGACGCCUCGCGCAUCGUCAGCACCAGCAGCGGGCGCUGCCGCCACCGGACCAGCUGUGCCAUCAACAAGGUGCUGAUGGGCGGCGUCCCAGACCGAGGGGGCCGCCCCAAUGAGAUCGAGCCCCCCAUGCCCACCUGGGAGAAGAGGCGCGAGGGGGGGGGAGGCCAGCAGCGCUGCGGCCGACGGGGCAAGAAGAAGAAAUGAAGUCUGCUCCGUCUCUGCCGGGAGCUCCCCCCUACACUGCAGGGGGGGCAGGCAGAGCAUCUGGGGGGCAAAGACUCAAGGCCUCAGAGCCCAACUAUGCAGAGUGGGCGGUGGAGGGGAGCUGGGUCUCAGAGGGGCUGCGGCCC